AUGCACUCUGUCAAGGUGGGUCUUCAGUCUGUCCUCUUGAAAACUUUAGACGUAAAAUCUGUCCUCCAGAUGGUUGUACAUGGUGAUCGCUCAUAUUUGGAUUCGUUUGUAGCGGUUGUUCCAUCCACGACGCAAUGCGUGGUGUUCUCCGUAGAUGGCUCGCUCACAGCUUCUGUUUCCGGUUUCGUGAUUCUCUACCUCACAGCACGUCCGGAUAUGCAACAAAGGGUCGUAUCAGCGUGGCUGGCUCAACAUUGUUUUCCACAUGACAUGGGGAUCAAGGUGCAUGCGGCUUACGGGAGUAGCAAGUCUUCGCGGCAAACAUUCUUGACACAUCAUCUUCAGGAUGUAGCAGUAUACUGUAGCGCUGGAGUGGAGCAAAGUAGGAUAGUAUCUGUGGCAGGAAGUCGGCGGAGGAACUGCAUAUUCAUAGGUGCUUUGAACAAUACUUCAAAUUAUAAGCUUCUUCUCCAACUCAAAUGUCUCACAAGCAGUUAUUCAAAGAUAUAACG